UUAAACCGUCUUCUUUUUUAUAAUAACAGCCUCUCCUUUUCCUGUCUCGUCGUUCAGCCUUUUUUAUUUCCUCUCUUUUGCGUUGCGCCUUGCCUUACUACACCCGCGGGCGAUGUUGUUCGUCUGAAAGAAAGAAUAAAAGAAGGCUGGGAGAGAAGAGAGAAAAGCACGAUAUCUUCUCGCUUACCCUCGCCCUUACCCGCCUGAACACAUAUUCUCUCCCUUUCCUUACUACCGAUGAUCGCCAUCAUCGUCGUUAUUUAUCCGUCGCCUCCCGUCCCGCCCUAGCUAGCGAGAACGACGCGAUUGUGAUUGACAUACAAUCAUCGUCGCGAUGGCUUAUACCCGGCGCAUCCUUUCGAUAUCAUGCCCCGCCUAGUUUAGCUGUCGUGUUGCUGUUGUCAUUGUGUCAUUAAAGGCGCUGAUUACUGAUUUAACGUUCCUAAUUGCGCAGAAUUAUUGAAUCAAGCUCCUCGAGGUCUCAAGCGAAGUCGUUCUCCGGAUCCCUAUCACGACGCGACCGCAUCUGAGAUCCCCGGAGAUGAUGGUGAUUCAAAGCAGCCUAGAAAACGCGGCCGACCGAUGAAAUCGCGAGUUCCUGGUGACGUCCCAGAACCACCGAAUCAAACCUCAAUUCCUCCCCCUCCCCCUCCCGCUCAAAUGUCGCAGUCCAUACCACCUCAUACUCCGCAGUCCCAGAACUCCGCGCUGCCCGGACAUGUCGGUAGCUAUGCUCCGGCUCAAGCGUCGCCUCCGCCAAAGACAACCCCCACUAAGACGACUCUGAAGGCACUCCCGACCGUGCGCGACCACACUACCGACCAGCUUGGCCCCGGUAACGAUGAAUACCUACCGCGCGAAAUUGAUGAGUCCGGCGAGAAGAAAGUUUUGCCUAAUGGUCAGCUCUUAGGCGGCCGUGAAUAUCGAUGCCGAACGUUCCUUGUCCCUAAUCGCGGCGAGAAAUUAUUUAUGCUGGCGACAGAAUGCGCAAGAGUACUUGGAUACAGGGAUUCGUACUUGUUGUUUAACAAGAAUAGAUCGCUAUUUAAGAUUAUUGCGAAUCAAGUAGAGAAGGAUGACCUGGUCUCCCAAGAAAUACUGCCGUUCUCGUAUAGGUCGAGACAAAUAGCUAUCGUUACGGCGCGGUCAAUGUUUCGGCAAUUCGGGAGUAGAGUAAUAGUGAAUGGACGAAGAGUGCGCGAUGAUUACUGGGAACAGAAGGCGAGGAAGCAAGGUUUUACAGAAGCCGACCUUGCGGGGGAGAAGAGACCAGGCGCAUCUAAAGCCAGAGAAGCAGCAGCUGAGGCAAACAAUAGUAUGACGCCACUCCCAGGAGGCCCACACGGUGAGAUUGUUUAUGCGAAUAACCCCCAAUUUGGUGGCGCUCCGCAACCGCUUGUUCAACCAGUAGGACCAGAUCUUAACGAUACGAGGACUCGAGACUACAGCAAUUUUAUUAAAGGAGGUCCUCGGCAGGAAAUAACCGGUCCAGCCUACCAGGACAGAACUCAAGCCAGCUCCAUCGGGGAGAUACACCAGCAGGCGCACCAUGCCGCCGAAUUCAGUCGAUCCAUCAACCAGCAGCGCGAGAUGCGAACCGACUAUAUGAAUAAUCUAUGGAGAAGAAAUCACGAACAACCGGCCACUACCCAGCCUGUCACUACUGAGUCCUCCCUGCCCACAUCGCGUGCGAACCAGUCUCCUCACGCCGCCUCGGCAAGUAUGCACACUCCUGGCAUCGUCCCAAAUCAGAGCCCACAAAUGAUGAUGACCGCACCACCUUACUCGCAGUCCAUCCACUCGCAGCAGCCAAUGAGCCAGACUUCAAUGCGGGGUGUGCCGCAAUCAUCUUCUCAGAAGCAGUCGAGGCCUUCCAAUAUCCAACCUGGCGCUUCAAAUAACAUGUCUCAAGGUGCCCCGGCAUACAACUACGGCUCAUCGAACCAGAUGUGGGGGCCUCCUCAAACGCCGCAGACGCCUCAGCAUUACCAAGGCUAUACAACCCAGUCUCAGCCUUCUCCCCAUCCUCAGCAGUCGCCAGCUCCUCAGCUCCGUCAUUCAGGAGGAACUCCCCAAAUGCAACCAAGUACUAUGCAAUACCAUGGUAUGCCGGGCCUAAACCAGAGCUAUCCCACUACCGGGCAAGGCAUGUACCCUCCCGAACAGACACCUAGACAGUUUAUGCCUCAAAACCCCGGACCAGGACCAGCCGUAACUUCUACGUGGAAUAACCCACAAACGUCGGCUAGCGGGACUUGGUGGGCUAACCCGCCUCAGUGAGCUGGAGCGGGGAUUGCAGGUCACGGGUAAAUGGCCAUACUCGAGCUCAGGGGAGACGCCAAAUUCGGCUGUCGAUUCUAUCACUCAUCCACAAGGUCGCCGUUCGCACUCUACACUCAUGGGAGGAAACUUGAACCGAUCUAUUAUACCCAGCAUUCACAUCAUCGGGGUGG